CGUCGUCACACGUUGUCUUCUCCGGCCUUGUGAAUAAGACAAACAUCGCCAUCUAUUUGCUUGAGCGGUUAAUGCAUUUACAGAGAAGAUUGCAUUCUCGUGCGCUGUUAAACGAGAAUGUGCGUAAAUUGCGCCAUCUAGAAAAUAAUCCGUAAACAAGGAACACCCUCGUCAUUCUGGACGGUGCGAUUCUAAUAGAGGCGGUGGCCUAUAUGUAUUCAUUUAAAAAGGAAUAAAACGUCGAUGUUAUCCUGAUCAAGUUUCAGGCAGUGUUUGUUAUUGCAAAACUUAGAAAAGCAUAAGAGGAACCAUGAUGUGGAGAAUACUUCCUUUCCUGGCCGGUAACCUGCUCCUUGCCAUGCCUCUCCUGGCGCAGGAGCCUAGCGUUGCCGAGAUCCAGGACCUAAGUACCAGAAACGCAGACUUUGCAACCCGGCUGUACCGUGCCAUUGCUAGCACCACUGAUGACAAUGUCCUUUUUUCUCCCUUCACCAUGUCUCUUGGCCUGGCUGCAUUGAUGAGUGGUGCCAAAGGCUCUACACGCGAGCAGCUGCUGAAAGGCUUGAGUCUAAACGAUCAGGAGCCCCUAAGAAUCCCAGAAUUGUUCCAGAGUGUCCGGGAUAGCGUGACCAAGACUGGGUUCGUGGACCAGGCUAUCGGCAUAUUCCCCCGCCAGCAGUUUCAAGUGGAUUCGACCUACAAAGAUGUUGUGGAGACUAAGUAUGGGGGAAAGGUCCAGGGGCUGGACUACGGCGACUGGGCCACCAAAGAUACCGUUAACCAGUUUGCCAAGAUCUACACAAGGGAGAAGGUGAAGGAGGUGGUCAACACCAUCGACACCCAGUCCCAGAUGAUGCUAAUCACUGCCACCUUCUUUCAAGGCCAGUUUGCACUCGCCUUCAAUGCCAGCCUCACUCAGGACGUGCGCUUUUAUGUGAACAAGUACAACAUUGUCACAGUCCCAAUGAUGUUCCGUUCCGACAAGUACUACCUGGCAUAUGAUAACUCGCUCAAGCUUGGCAUCUUGAAGCUGCCAAUGACAGGCGGCGCUGCAAUGCUGGUGCUUUUACCUGACGAGGAUGUGGACUACACCUCUAUUGAGGAGGGGAUCACGGGUGAACGUUUUCAAGGCUGGCUUAAAAAGAUCAAGAAGACAAAAUUGGAGGUGCAACUGCCAAGAUUCAUGCUGGAGCAAUCGUAUUCCCUACAGAAGGUUUUGCCAGGCCUGGGAAUCAGUGAGGUCUUCCAGGAGAGUGCUGACUUCUCUGGCAUCAGUGGUGAAACAGGCCUGAGGCUCUCUGAGGUUGUGCAUAAAGCGGCCAUCACAGUGGACGAGACCAGCAGCACGGAGAAUACCCGUGAACCGAACAUCUUCAGUAGUCUACCUCCACGGCUCACCAUCAACCGGCCCUACCUCUUCCUUGUUUAUGACCAGUCCACCAGCAGCCUUCUCUUAAUGGGCAGGGUGACUGACCCAACCAAGAAGUGACUGUGACCCAAACCACUGUUUCAUAUACGACUUUGUGGUCAAGUAUUAACACGGUUUCAUCUUCUUAGCACCACUGAAGUUGUGGGGCACUGUGUAACAUACUGAAUUGUGUUGUCUGCAUGCAUUGUCCUUGAAAACACACAAGUUAGAUAGGGAUCUGUAUACAUCAAUUUAAGUGCUACUCAUGUUUUUUUUCUCUCUCCUAUUAUGCUUAUUUAGUUUAAAAGGCACUGAACUGCUUGCUGUACAACUCAAAGUAUUACAUUAGCAGUAUGUCAUACAGACCAACAGAAACUCUGGUCUUUUCCAAAACAAGAAGACUUUGGUUGUUGAGAAUUUUACUCUGAGUUUUAGUCUAGAGCUUAAUCAGUGUCCAUAAGAACCCACAACAAAAACAAAAUAAAUUGAGCAUUAACAUGUCAAAUAUUCAA